AUGUCACUAAAUACAGAUUUACCAAAUGCAAAUGAACCAAUAAUGGAUCAUUUUACAACCAAAGAUUUUAAAGAUGUAUACGAACCAGCACAAGAUUCAUUUUUAUUUAUAGAUUCUUUGCAAAAGGAUUAUGAAGAUUUAAAGACAAUGAACCCAUAUAUAAUGUUGGAAAUUGGAUCGGGUAGUGGCUUUGUAAUUACGUUCUUGGCAAAUUUAUUGGGACCAAAUGGCAGAUACUACAUGUCAACUGAUAUUAACCCUUUAGCAGCGAUAGCAACUUCAAGAACAUCAAGUAGAAAUAAUGCAAAUAUUGAUGUUAUCAAUACAUCAUUUGUAUCAUCUAUCGAAAGGCUUAAAGGCUCAAUUGACGUUUUAUUAUUUAACCCACCUUAUGUUCCUACUCCUUCUGAAGAGGUAAACCAAGGAGGUAUUGUAGCAUCAUGGGCCGGUGGAAUCAAUGGACGUGAAGUAAUUGAUAUUCUAUUACCACAAAUACCUAGUAUAUUAUCAGAUAAAGGUUUUUUUUAUAUGGUUUUAGUUCAAGAGAAUAAGCCAAAACAAGUUAUUUCAAUAAUGCAUGGAUACGGAUUUGGAUACAAAAUUGUAGGAAAAAGAAAAGCAUAUAAUGAAAUUUUAUAUAUUUUUAAAUUUUUUAGAGAUAGUAAUAAUAACGAAAAUAAUAAUAAUAAUAAUAAUAAUAAUAUUAAUAAUAACGAAAAUAACAAUAAUAAUAACGAAAAUAAUAAUAAUAAUAAUAAUAAUAUUAAUAAUAACGAAAAUAGUAAUAAUAAUAAUAGUAAUAAUAACGAAUAA